AUUUAUCUUCAUCUUCAUUUCUCUGUCUCAAAAUGGUCCGUUUUACCCCUCUGGCAACAUUGGCCUUGGUACCCCUAGCUCAGGCACGCUUCGACUGGUUGUAUCCACGAGACACUAUUGCUCAGUGUCCUCCUUGCUCACUAGAGAGCGAGCCCAAGGAUUGUUCUCAAACAGUGACCGUCACUAAGCCUUCUGGACCAUACGAGACUGUCACUGUCUCGGAUCCCAACGGUUCUUAUCACACUGUUACAGUUACAGAACAAGAUGGUCCCGGAAAGACUGUUACUAUCACCCAAAACUACCAAAACCCUCAAACCAAGGUUGUGUACAUCAGCCAGGGCGAGACGGUUGAGCCAGCCAUUGAGACUAUCACCGUCACCCGUCCUGGAAAGACUGUCACUGUGACUGAGACGGAAACAGAGACUAGUGAGCACAUCGUCACCAAGAAAAUUGAUAGCUAUCCCGGCCCCAAAACAGUUACCAUCAGCAACGGCUAUCCUGCGCCUAGUGCUGGCUCUCCUGACUACAAUGGUGGGGUUGUCACUAAGAUUGUUGGUGGCGAUGGCGACCAUAAGAAGGAUCCCGACAACGUUCACACGGUUACUGUGGUCAAGGAUGGUCAUAUUCAGACUUUGACAUACAAGGAUGGCAACUCCAACACCGUCAUCAAGACAAUCACCCAAGACAACGGCCACGAAGAGGUUGUGACCGUUACAGGCAACGAUCAGUAUGAGGUUACCAAGACUAUAACUAUGGAGAAUGGUAACAAGGUUAUCGAGACCAUCACAGCUGAGAACACCAACAACUACGUUGUCACCAAGACCAUCCAGCAAGGUGGCAAGUACUAUACCGUCAUCGUCAAGCCUGAGCCGACCGUCAGCACCAUCACUAAAGAGAACGGCGACUACAUUACCACUGUUGUCGAGGUUGAUCAGACCUACACAUUGACUGCUCCGGCCAAGUAUGGAACCGCCACUGUAACAGAUGACGACUGCGAGACCUAUACAAGGACUGCCACUUACACCGGUAAGCCUGAGGUUGAGGUCAUCGUCUACGAUCCGGAGACUGGCGACUCAACCUGCACAAAGGAGGACGGAAAGCCCUGCAACCCUAGCUACGACAAUGGUGGUGAUGGUAGCAAGGGCCAGUACGAAGAUCCUACCAACACAAAGGGCCAGGACGGAAGUGGCAACUACAACACCAACGCCCCUGUAUACACCAAGAUCCGCACUUACGGCAACGGUGAUGUCUACACCGAGGUCCAUGGUGCUGAACCAACUGGAUGCGAAUCAGCUGCAGUCUCCACGAGCAUCGCUACUGUUUAUAACACCGUGAUUGUGACAGUAGAUGCGUCGCCAUCACAGGCCCCUACUGCCGAGCGCCGAGCAGCAAACAAAGUUCGGUCACCCCUGUCUGUUCGAUGGUGA